AUGUAUAAACAGUCUGAGGUACGUCCUGACCCCGUGCAGGAGACAGCAGUAGCUUUUCUGUGCGACCUUUUCCCCGAGUCUAGAAACAGGCUUCUCAUUCUUCACAUCGGAAUGGGAACUGGACGGUUGGCAGAAGAGAUGGUGAAUAAAGGAUUUUAUCUCAUUGAUGUCGUUGAACCGUCGAACAACGCUGUAACUGAUGCUACAAGAUGCUGCCUUUACGACAAAGUUUACAAGUGUUGUUUUAGUGCCGCUUGCGUGGCUAUACCUGAUGGUAUGUAUGACAUUGUGGUGUGGAUGCAAGAGAUUUUGGGCCAGCGUAUUCCUCUUGAAGGUCUCUCUGAACUAAUUAGGCUAUGCAAACCAGGUGGUAUAGUGGUGAUGGCCGUCGAGGAAACACACCCGUACACUGGUGGCUACACAGCCAGGCUGCAGUCCGCCAUGAUGGACUUGGAG